AUGUGGGCCGGACUGCUCCUCCGGGCCGCCUGCGUCGCGCUCCUCCUGCCGGGGGCCCCGGCCCGCGGCUACACCGGGAGGAAGCCGCCCGGGCAUUUCGCGGCCGAGAGACGCCGGCUGGGCCCCCACGUCUGCCUCUCGGGCUUCGGGAGUGGCUGCUGCCCUGGCUGGGCCCCCUCCGUGGGCAGCGGGCACUGCACCCUGCCCCUCUGCUCCUUUGGCUGUGGGAGUGGCAUCUGCAUUGCUCCCAACGUCUGCUCCUGCCAGGAUGGAGAGCAAGGAGCCACCUGCCCAGAAGCCCACGGACCCUGUGGAGAGUACGGCUGUGACCUUACCUGUAAUCAUGGCGGCUGUCAGGAGGUGGCCCGAGUGUGCCCUGUGGGCUUCUCCAUGACAGAGACGGCUGUCGGCAUCAGGUGUACUGACAUCGAUGAAUGCCUCAGCGCCUCCUGCGAGGGCCAGUGCGUGAACACAGAAGGCGGGUUUGUGUGUGAGUGUGGGCCGGGCAUGCAGCUGGCUGCCGACCGCCACAGCUGCCAAGACACUGACGAAUGCCUCGGGACCCCCUGUCAGCAGAGAUGCAAAAACAGCAUAGGCAGCUACCGGUGUUCCUGUAGACCCGGCUUCCAUCUCCAUGGCAACCGGCACUCCUGUGUAGAUGUAAACGAGUGUCGGAGGCCGCUGGAGAGGCGAGUCUGUCACCACUCCUGCCAUAACACCGUGGGCAGCUUCCUGUGCACCUGCCGACCUGGCUUCAGGCUCCGAGCUGAUCGCGUGUCCUGUGAAGCUUUCCCGAAAGCCGUGCUGGCCCCAUCGGCCAUCCUGCAGCCCCUGCAGCACCCGCCCAAGAUGCUUCUGCUGCCCCCAGAGGCGGGCCGGCCUGCCCUCUCCCCCGGACACAGCCCUCCUUCCAGGGCCCCGGGGCCCCCACCUGGGGUCAGGACCACGAGCCUGCUGUCUCCCACCCCUGUGCCACCCACAUCCUUGCCCUCCGCCCUGGUGGCCACCCCCGUGCCUGGUGCCUCCCUCUUGGGGACCCUCGGACCUCCCUCACGACUACAGGAGGUGACCCCGCCCUUGCCCAAGGGCCCAGCAGCCACACAGAUGGCACCGAGGUCCUCUGCCUGCUGGCACCUGGGAGCCAUGUAUGAAUCAGGGAGCCGCUGGACAGAGCCUGGGUGUUCCCAGUGCUGGUGUCAGAACGGGGAGGUGACCUGUGAAAAGGUGACGUGUGAAGCUGCUUGUUCUCACCCGAUUCCCUCCAAAGAUGGGGGGUGCUGCCCAUCGUGUACAGGCUGUUUUGACAGUGGCGUCAUCCGAGCUGAAGGGGACGUGUUUUCCCCUCCCAACGAGAACUGCACUGUGUGUGUCUGCCUGGCCGGAAAUGUGUCCUGCAUCUCCCCCGAGUGUCCUCCCGGCCCCUGUCAGACCUCCCUGAAGUCAGAUUGCUGUACUUGUGUUCCAGUGAGAUGCUAUUUCCACGGCCGGUGGUACGCAGACGGGGCUGUGUUCAGUGGGGGUGGUGACGAGUGCACCACCUGUGUCUGCCAGAAUGGGGAGGUAGAAUGUUCCUUCACACCAUGUCCAGACCUGGACUGCCCCCGAGAGGACUGGUGGCUGGGCCCUGGACAGUGCUGUUUCACCUGCCGGGAGCCCACACCCAUGACAGGCUGCUCUCUGGACGACAACGGGGUUGAGUUUCCGAUCGGACAGAUCUGGUCUCCCGGUGACCCCUGUGAGUUAUGCAUCUGCCAGGCAGAUGGCUCAGUGAGCUGCAAGAGGACAGACUGCGUAGACUCCUGCCCUCACCCAAUUCGGAUCCCUGGACAGUGCUGCCCGGACUGUUCUGCAGGCUGUACCUACACAGGCAGAAUCUUCUACAACAACCAGACCUUCCCGUCCAUGCUGGACCCGUGUCUGAGCUGCAUCUGCCUGCUGGGCUCCGUGGCCUGCUCCCCUGUGGACUGCCCCAUCACCUGCACCUACCCUUUCCACCCUGAUGGGGAGUGCUGCCCGGUGUGCAGAGAUUGCAACUACGAGGGAAGGAAGGUGGUGAACGGCCAGGUGUUCACCUUGGACGAUGAGCCCUGUACCCAGUGCACAUGCCAGCUGGGAGAGGUGAGCUGUGAGAAGGUCCCCUGCCCUCGGGCCUGCUCCGACCCCUCUGGGCCCCCCGGGGACUGCUGUCCCUCCUGCGCAGAUGGCCCAGAGAGGAAGGCGGUGGAGGUCGGCAAAGCAGUUCGGAGUGCCCGUGGAGAUGCUGAGGCCCCAGUGAACUGUAGCUCCUGCCCAGGCCCCCCAGCAGUGCUGCCUCAGAAGUCGGUGCUCCACGUCCUCCAGCUCUAUCUCAGAACGAACCUGUCUAACGCACAGACUUUACCCACGAGCCCCUCAGGAGCCCAGGCCUCACCCUCACCCCCUUUGGGGCUUGGGGGCACAUUCCCAGGGGAGCCUGGGGCUUCCCAGCCCUCACCAGGGCCUUCGAUCCCUCCAGGAGCCUCCACUCUACCUCCAGCCCCGCCCGGGGCUCCUGGGCUUCCUCCUGUUACUCCAGAGCCUUCAGCCUCAGCCUCUGGGGCCCAGACAGUGACCAGAAGGCCUUCUUUGUCUGCCAUUGUCCUGACUGAAGCUUCAGCCCAUUCCACGAUGGCCCCCAGCCCCUCAGAGACCGCCGCCACCCUCCUCAGGCCUCGCAGACUCUCUCCCGCCACCUCCAGACUCUCUGCAGCCCUCGCAGCCACGGCCAGCUCCAGCCCCCAGCGGCCCGCCACGGGGACCUCACGGGAGGACGAGUCCACCGGGUAAGCAGGCCUCCAGGUCAGGGCCGUGCCUGGGACAUGCCAGACAGAGAAAACGGCCAGCAGCCCUGGGCGCUGGCGGGGAGGCUCUGGGGCCAAUGAGGCCAGUGACACCCGACGCUCACUUCUGCAAGGCUCCUGGAGGGAUGGAAAGUCCCCAGGGCCCCACGCAGCCUUGUCCCCAAGAAGCAUUUGGAACGUGCUGUGAGAGCAGGUAAUCGGCACUCUCCAUGGUCAGUAUCCUCCUUGGACACCACGGCCGGCCUGUCUUGUGAGGAAGGUCGGGCUGCUGAGCUCCCCACUCUGGAGGAGAAGAGUUGGAGAGGGCCUGGGAUUCCCCUGGGACUGUGCCACCAGCCAUCCUGCCUCCCUCCCUGAGGUUUCCUGAUUAAAGGCUGUCUCAGUCUCCCCCA